AUGAGUCAGGGACCAACAGGAGUAACCAGGAUACGAGAAGGUGGAGCAUUACAUUUGUAUCUGUAUGGGAGGGAUGUGGAACACGCACAAAGAAGAAGGGACAAAAGAAAUUGUUCUUCCUUAACUGGAUUCAUUUUCUUGGGAAUUACCAAUAACCCUGGGAUGAAAGUGACUCUAUUCACCACCAUUCUGGUUAUUUACCUCAUUAAUCUCCUGGCAAAUCUUGGAAUGAUUACUCUAAUUAGAAUGGAUUCCCAGCUGAACACACCAAUGUACUUUUUUCUAAGCCACCUCUCCUUCUGUGACCUCUGUUAUUCUACAGCAAUUGGGCCCAAGAUGCUGGUGGAUCUAUUUGCCAAAAACAAAUCAAUUCCCAUCAUGGGCUGUGCUCUGCAAUUCUUGAUCUUCUGUACUUUUGCAGAUUCUGAGUGUCUACUUCUGGCAGUGAUGGCCUUUGAUCUGUACAAGACCAUUAGCAACCCCUUGCUCUACACAGUCAGCAUGUCCAGCAGAGUGUGCUCCCUGCUCAUGGCUGGGGUUUACUUGGUGGGGAUGGCAGAUGCUUUGAUACACACAACUUUAACAUUCCAGUUAUGUUUCUGUGGAUCAAAUGAGAUUAAUCAUUUCUUCUGUGAUGUACCUCCUUUCCUAUUGCUCUCUUGCUCAGAUACACAGGUCAAUGAGUUAACAAUAUUCACCAUUUUUGGAUUCAUUGAACUGAGUACCAUUUCAGGAGUCCUUGUCUCUUAUUGUUACAUAAUCCUAUCAGUCUUAAAGAUCCACUCUGCUGAGGGGAGGUUCAGAGCUUUCUCCACCUGCACCUCCCACUUAACUGCUGUUGCAAUUUUCCAGGGAACCAUGCUCUUUAUGUAUUUCCGGCCGAGUUCUUCCUACUCCCUAGAUCAAGACAAAAUUACUUCAUUGUUUUACACCCUUGUGAUUCCCAUGUUAAACCCACUGAUUUAUAGCCUACGGAACAAGGAUGUGAAAGGGGCCCUACAAAAAUUGAAAAAUAAG